AUGAAGCACCGCCGGCGGUCGAAGCAGCAGAAGCUCGACUCCGUGCCUCCCCCUGCGUCCCCGGCCGCCCGCGCUCCACGCCCCAUGCCAAGCCCGAGCGCCAGCCCCAAAAGCCCCGCCCUCGCCACUCCUCCGCCGGAGCAGGCGCCGGAAGUGGUAGUCCCCGAGGACUGGGCCAUGGCCACCGACGUCAUCUCCUCCGACCUCUCGUCUCCGGUUGUCCUCGUGUGCGGCCCCUCCAACAGCGGCAAGUCGACCUUCACCCGCCUCCUCCUCAACAAGCUGCUCCCCAGCUAUGGGAGGGUCGGGUAUCUGGACACCGACGUGGGGCAGCCGGAGUUCUCGCCGCCGGGGUGUCUCUCUCUGCACAUCGUCGAUGAAGCUAUCACAGAUAUGCAGAACCCGGUUCUGCGGGAGGCAGAAAGGUGCUGCUUCUACGGCGAUAUAUCUUCAAAAGGAGAUCCAGAAUCAUAUCUGAACUCUUUAUUUCUCUUGUAUAACUACUUCGUUGAAAAAUAUCGUUGUCCUGGGGGUGAAGUGCUUCCUUUGAUUGUCAACACUCCUGGAUGGGUGAAAGGUACUGGUUUUGAUAUGCUUGUAGAGAUGCUAAGGUAUAUCUGUCCCACAAUUGUUGUUCCGAUACGCACCAGAAUGCAGAGAAAGAAUCUCCCUGAUGGAAUGUUUUGGUUAACCGGUGGGGAAACAGAACCUAAAGUGAUUACAAUUGAUGCUGCAAGUCGUGAUUCCUUGUCAAAAUCAUCGUUAAAGCGGAAAGAUGGGGGUGGAAUGCGUGAACGGCGGCUUGUGGAGUACUUUAAACAAUGUUUUUCAAGUGACAUAUCACUAGCAACAAACAAAGAGCUUGCUUAUGCCCUAGCGUCUCUGCCACCCUAUGAAGUAUCAUUUUCAGAUGUUACAGUUAUGCAUCUUCAUUGCGAGGUACCCCGUACUGAGAUAUGGCAUAGUCUGAAUGCAACCAUAGUUGGCUUGGCAAGUAGUUGUGACACACCUGCGACAGCCCAUGCAAUUCCUUGGUGUGUUGGGCUUGGUAUUGUCAGAGGCGUCGAUGUGCAAAGGGGCCUGUUAUAUGUUAUCACUCCUGUUGCUGUUGAACAUCUUCAAAGCGUAGAUUUGCUGCUGCAGGGUCUCAUUGAGAUUCCGAGAUCUGUUCUACAGGUCAAGGGAUGCGAGUCGCCGUACAUGUCCACCAAUGUGCGGGACAAGAUAACGGGGAAGGAUCUGUACGCGAGUAAUCUCAACAGCCCACUGUCCAGACAGGAUGACGGCGAUUCCGAUUCGGAUGCAGAUACUAUGUAA